AUGUGGCAAAGGGGUGCGGAUUUCAAGGGCGCUGCGGCCAACUGUGCUAUCUACUCACUCAUCUCCUGCCCUCCUUUUUCCUUGCUUCAUAUCCUUUUCUCUCCCCUGCCUGCAGGCACGCGCAUGUGGCGCCGAGGUGCAGACAGCAAGGGCGCAGUGGCCAACUUUGUCGAGACGGAGCAAGUGGUGACGGUGGAUGGCGGCGCUGUUGCAUCCUACGUGCAGAUCAGGGGCUCCAUCCCGGUGCUGUGGGAGCAGAUCGUCAACCUCACAUACAAGCCCAAGCUCCAAACCGUCGUCACAGCCGAGCAACCCUUUGAGGCGCCCUUGAGGCAGCAUCUUAGAGGGCUUAAGGAGAUCUACGGCCCUGUCAUUGCCGUUGACCUAGUCAACCAGGAUGGUGGGGAGAGCCGCAUUGGUUCAGCAUAUGCUGGAGCUGUGAACGCCAUCAAGGACUCUGACUUGCGCUACGUGCCGUUUGACUUCCACCACGAGUGCGGCGCCACCAAGUACCACCAGCUCUCUGUGCUGGACGACCAGAUCGGCAAGGACAUGGAGACCCAGGGAUUCUUCUUGCAAGGCAAGGAUGGGACGGUGCAGAAGCAGCAGCACGGCACAGUGCGCACCAACUGCGUUGACUGCCUUGACCGCACCAAUGUCACUCAGAGCUGGUUUGCGCGGCACGUAUUGGAGGAUGAGCUGAGGCAGAUGGGCCUGCUGGGGAAGGAUGAGCGCGUGGCAGAACACAGCGACUUUGAUGCCAAGUACAAGAUCAUGUGGGCGGACCAUGGGGUUGACAUCAGCACUCAAUACACGGGCACGCCAGCACUCAAGGGAGACUAUGUGCGGUACGGCAAGCGCAGCCCGGAGGGUUUCCUUCAGGAUGGGGUGAGCGCUGUGAUGCGCUACUUCUUUAACAACUACACUGACGGUGUGCGACAGGACGGGCUGGAUCUGGUGAUGGGCAACUACACAGUCAAGCAGGGCGCUCCAUCUCCGUUCACACGCACGGGCAUCGAGAGAUACACAAACCUGAGGGUGGCGCUCGUGGUGCUUGUGGCCUCCACGUACCUCUUCCUGCGAAACGUCAUCCCUUCCUCCUCCCCCUCCCCUAUAUCGCCAUCGCGGCCUCAGUUGUCAUUCCCUCCCUUUCCCAACCCUCAACUACCCCCAUUUUUCCUUUCCCCAUUCCCCUCCUUCCGUUGCAGCUUCCUCCUCCUCCCUAUCGCCAGUCAUAGCAGCCACCUCAGAUGUGGUCGCUGGCUCAGUGCUCUUCGCCCUUCUCCCAAUCCCCUCAAACAAACCCCUCCCUCUCCUUCCUGCCCCUCAAUCCCCCAUCUGCUCCCCAUCUCCCUCCCCCCUCUCCUGCAGCCUCCUCCUCCUCCCCCCUGUCGCCAGUCAUCGCAGCCACCUCAGCUGUGGUCGCAGGCUCGGUGGUACAUGCUGUGGGCCCAGGUGGUGCAUGCUGUGGGCCCAGGUGGUGCAUGCUGUGGGCCCAGGUGGUGCAUGCUGUGGGCCCAGGUGGUGCAUGCUGUGGGCCCAGGUGGUGCAUGCUGUGGGCCCAGGUGGUGCAUGCUGUGGGCCCAGGUGGUGCAUGCUGUGGGCCCAGGUGGUGCAUGCUGUGGGCCCAGGUGGUGCAUGCUGUGGGCCCAUGUUCAUGCUUCAUCCGCUGCCCCUUCCCCUAUGUUCCAUCCCUGUCAUGCUUCUUUCCCCGUGCCAAUUGGUGCACGCCAUACAGACCAUGCUGUGUGCACACUCCCUUGCAUCCGCCCACUCGUCCCCGCCUGCACUGCUUGUCACCCCGCCCACUGCGACACCCUCGCAUGA